UAAUAAUGCAUAUUCCUAAAAACAUGGCCAUAAGGUUUUUGGGUUUUUUUUCUUUUUUGACCUUUGGCAUUAUGUUCUGAUUUCAGAUUCAGUAUGUCUGCUUAAAUGGUUAUAAGCCUGCUCAGAAUACUGGGAUUAUUAUUUUUUUUAAAAAUCAGGAUGCUGAAAAUGAAUUUUAAUUUUACUAUUUCCACCUUAUGGAUUAGACAGUAUGGAUUAAACAUUAUUUCAAAACUACAGAGGGAUUUGAAAAUGGUUGGAGUACCAGCUUUUAAAUACUGUGGGGAACGCAGUAAGUAUGGGGGUCCAUUCCUCUAGAAUUUACAGCAUUGAACACUUCAUUUCCUGCAUCCUGCUGUUUUUUUUAAUGCACCAGUUUGUGCCUUUUCUGCAUCGAUUUAUGGUGAAAAUGUCUUUAAGGAAAACACAACAUGUGCGUAAACUGCACAGGUAUUCUCUUCAGGAAAGGCUGGCUACUUAACCUUAAUUAUUUCAUGGAAAAAUAUUGUCUCCAAAAGCCAUGACACUACUGUCAUGACACCUUUUAAAGAACCUCCAGAUUUCUCGUUUUAAUUAGAUUAGGAAAAAAAAACUUAAUUAUCAUAUUUUGCAGAAAUACUUUAAUCACUUUCUCAACCCCCAAAGCCCAUUUGAUGAAAGACAUGUCAUCUUUAAAGAAAUUGCCAAAUGUACUCAGUUUAUCAGAGUCCUUGAACUACUCACCGGUGAUUAGUUGCGAUCUGAAAAUAAACAAAAUCUUCGCUUAACGUGGAUAUUUCAUCAACAUCACUUUAUUCUACAUUUGUCAUGAAAAAAAAUCAUCAAAAAUGAAACUUCCCAGACUAUAAACACGGUGGAAAAGUGUUGAUUCAAGGUUGCAGUUUGUAUGUUUAUUUAUUAAUUUCUGUGUGAUUUAGUACAUUUGAACUUUGUUAUAUUGUACAAAAGACAUUUUGAGUUUGAGUUCAGCUUCUAGGCAUAAUUGUGUUUCUAAACGAGCCCACAGUGUGUGAGGGAAGAAAAAAAAACGCCUAGAAACUGCUUUGGUUCAGAGGGUUAAAAUUCCAUCCAAAGGAAAAAAAGUUAUGCAUCCAGCAGGGGGCGCCACGAGACAACACACGCUGAUGUAAAUAGUGCAAACACCUUUUGUAUACAUGUAGACGGGUUUAAUAAAAUGACUUUUUUUCCACCUCGUUUGUUGUUCUAAUUGUUCGUACAACCCGUGUGUGGUACCAAACCAGAAAGUGAAACGCUGGGAGUAUUGGGGGGAGAUAAGGGAGGAUCGGUGAGCGUAUCUGGGUGAGAUAGAGGAGGCAGCAUCGCGGUGGAGCUGGAAAGGCGACUUCUGGUGGACAGCCUCCUCCUGCAUGUAGGCACACAGAGGUCGCAGAGAAGAAACUCGCCGCUUCAGGUUGCCUCCAUGUAGCUUCUUGGUCCAGUCUGCGGAGCUGCAUUUACUGCAACUGAUAAAAACACAAGGAAAUUAUGACUGCAAACAUCUGGGUGCGGCACACUUCAGAGGAGAAGCUUCAGCUCUGCCGGAGGUCGAACGCAUUUUUGCCUUUUGUAUUUCCUUGCUGAAUGUCGUGGACAUUUUGGAUUUUUUUAAUGUUCUGUGUCAUUAAUUCGUACCAGUUACGGACCGUUUUGCCGUUGACGUCGCCUUCGCUUCGUUUGUACCAGUCACGCUUGGAAGGCGACACUUUGAAGUGUGAAAACAACUGGGGACGAUAAAGAAGUUGAGGGCGGCUCGCCGAGGAGAAUGUGCGCACUGGGCCAGCUCCGAGUUGCUCUUUAAGUGGGCAGCGUUAGCUAGCUGCUAGCACUAGCCAACCCCCGUCAAGGAAAACUGUGAAGCUAAGCUAAUGCCCACUUCUCUGACUGUUUUUUGGAUAGUAGCACCCUGCCUGUAACCCGGACAUCAGCACACGAGACACCGACUCGACGGUAAUUUAGAUAAGCAUAUUGUCGUUGGAUCUAUCAUCAGCCAUCCACUGGGAUCCAGGCGCUUGAGUUCUAAAUGACAAGUGCCUAAGGAUGUCCAAGCGGAGCUUGUUUGUUCGCCUGGUGCCGUGCCGCUGCUUGCGGGGCGAGGAGGAGACGGUAACAUCGCUGGACUACUCCCACUGCAGCCUGGAGACUGUUCCUAAGGAGAUCUUUAGCUUUGAGAAGACCCUGCAGGAACUCUACCUCGAUGCCAACCAGAUCGAGGAGCUGCCUAAACAACUGUUUAACUGCCAGUUACUCAACCGACUGAGCAUGCCAGAUAAUGACCUAACAGUGUUGCCGGCAGCGAUCGCAAACCUCAUCAAUCUCAGGGAGCUUGAUGUCAGCAAAAACAGUAUCCAGGAGUUUCCAGAAAACAUCAAGAAUUGCAAAGUCCUAGCUAUUGUAGAAGCCAGUGUGAAUCCCAUUUCCAAGCUCCCUGAAGGCUUCACUCAGCUUCUAAGUCUGACGCAGCUCUACCUGAACGAUGCCUUCCUGGAGUUCCUACCAGCCAGCUUUGGCAGGUUGGCCAAGCUACAGAUCUUGGAGCUGAGGGAGAACCAGUUAAAGAUGUUGCCAAAAAGCAUGCAGAAGCUCACACAGCUGGAGAGGUUGGACCUGGGGAGUAAUGAGUUCACUGAAGUGCCUGAGGUGUUGGAGCAGCUGACUGGAAUCAAGGAACUGUGGAUGGACGGGAACAGACUGACAUUUUUACCUGGGAUGCUGGGGAUGCUAAAGCAACUGGUAUAUUUGGAUGUGUCAAAGAACAACUUGGAGAUGGUGGAUGAACAAAUCUGUGGCUGUGAGAGUUUGCAGGACCUGCUGCUGUCCAACAACGCCCUCACACAGCUUCCUGGCUCUAUCGGCUCCCUGAAGAAACUGACUGCACUGAAAGUGGAUGAAAACCAGCUGAUGUACUUGCCAGACUCCAUUGGAGGGCUGACAUCAAUAGAUGAGCUGGACUGCAGUUUCAAUGAGAUUGAAGCCUUGCCCUCCUCCGUUGGCCAGUGUACCAGCAUUCGCACCUUUGCUGCAGAUCACAACUUCCUGACCCAGCUUCCUCCUGAGAUGGGCAACUGGAAGAAUGCAACUGUGCUGUUUCUACAUUCCAACAAGCUGGAGUCUUUGCCUGAAGAAAUGGGUGACAUGCAGAGGCUAAAAGUCAUCAAUCUCAGCAAUAACAAGUUGAAGAAUCUCCCCUACAGUUUCACUAAACUGAACGAGAUGACUGCGAUGUGGCUGUCUGAAAAUCAGUCGAAGCCCCUGAUCCCGCUCCAGAAAGAGGAGGACCCAGAGACUCACAAAACCGUGCUGACCAACUACAUGUUCCCUCAGCAAACCAGGACAGAGGACUACAUUCCCAACUCUGACUCUGAGAGCUUCAAUCCAGCUCUCUGGGAGGAACAACGCAAGCACCGAGCUCAGGUGGCCUUUGAGUGUGACGAGGACAAAGAUGAGAGAGAAACACCCCCGAGGGAGGGAAACCUGAAGCGGUACCCAACGCCAUACCCAGACGAGCUGAAGAACAUGGUAAAGACAGCCCAGUCAGUGGCUCACAGGCUGAAGGAGGAUGAGUCGAGUGACGAAUCGGGGAAAGAUGCAAAACCAAUUGAGAGAAACCACAUUGGAGUGCAGGACGUGGGAGUUAAGGUGAUCGAGGCCCCCUGUCCCAACGGUGUGGCAUCAGACAUGGAGCCCCAAGUAUCUACCAAUACUUAUGUCCAAAAUCCCUCUGCAACUGAAUCAAAGGACACUUCCGAGUCCUACAGCUCCCAGAAAAUCCCUCUCAAAUCUUCCGAGGGCUCUAUGAUGAACCACGAGGACACACUAGAGGAUUCUGAGGAGUUAUCAGAUGAAGAAGAGGAAAUGAAAAUUGCUGAGAUGAGACCCCCUCUUAUUGAGAUUUCCAUCAACCAACCUAAAGUAGUGACUUUAAGUAAGGACAAAAAAGAUGAUGGGAAAGACGCAGACUCUUUGCUGGAUGACACAGUGGCCAACAGCAACCAGAACAACAGUAACUGUUCGUCACCAUCACGCAUGUCUGACUCCGUGUCUCUGACCACAGACAGCAGUCAGGAUAAUUCUCUGUGCACACCCGAGAGAGAGGCAAAGAUGCCUUUCCUGCCAAAAACCCGGCAAGAAGAUGAGAAUAUGAACCAGCCUAAAGACACCACCCCUCUCCUCCAUAAUGGUAACGGCUCUGAAACGUCCCUUCAGGCCCUCUUGAAAACUCAGCAGACACCGCCAGAAAAGCUGGGAGACUAUGACCUUUCCAUGGAAGCCAGACUGGCCUUCAUUGAAAAGGGAAUAAACAACGGCAUGGGAGACACCUACACCAAGUGGGACCAGAUCAACAUGAACGUGACGAAGCUGCCGACCGACAACAUGGUUCAGCUGGACGGGUUGGACAAAACCAAGAAUGGUUCGGUUGCCCAGGAGGACUUGGACGGCAAGCAGGGUUACGGCAAUGACAACAUGGAUCAUUUACAGAACGGAAACCAACAGGCCAGUGACUGCAUCAACAGUCUGGGAAACAAAAGCCAGGCGAUGAGGGUAGAGACAUCUGCUGUGCAUGUGGCCUCGACAGGCGUGACAGCCAGCAGUGACAUGUCUCUGUCUCGCAGCACAGAGGAACUGUCUCCAGAGAAAAGGUGCCAUCCCCCACAGGUGAUGAAGUCUCACAGCAUCAGCAACAUAGAAACGGGGGGUAUGAAGCUGUACUCCUUCGAUGGGGAUGAUGACUCCUACGACGCAGCAACAAUGACUAGAAUGGUAGGCGCUGGUCCGGGGCCAGGAUCUCAGGGCCAGAGCAUCGUCAGGAGCAAGUCAGCCAGUCAACUGCUCAAUGACCAGACUCUCAUGGUCUACCCCAGCUCCUCUGCAUCUUCCUCAGACCUGCUCUCUUCUUCUAAGCCACCUGCCAGCACCAGCAGAUAUCCAGUCUCCUCCAGCAUGGCCAUGGGAAUCCCUCCUCCUCAGUACAAUGUACAAUACACGAGCAGUGCCAUGCCUAAAGACGGCCUCUGGGCCCAGAGGACGACCAUGCCUCCAGAGCACCAAGGCUACCUCCCUCCUCCUCCACACUCACUAGCCAACACCAAUUACUCAAACCGUAAUCAAGCGCCUCCCUACCCUCUGCAGUCUCAGCAGAGGGGGCCUCCCAUGGCUUCCAAGCCUUCAGGGGACAUGUGGGCGAAGGAGAGACUUCAUACUACUGGUAGCCAGCCUCGAAGCAGCACUCUGCAGAGGCAAAGCAGCACCGCCUCCACUGCUUCCAUGGGCGACCCAAGGCGCAUACAGGUGCCCGACGGGGAAUACAUGACGUACAGGGACAUUCACACCCUCGCCAGAGGGCCGCUGGCAAUGAGCCAAGCCAUGCAGAGGCCCCUCUCCGCUCGCACUUACAGCAUUGACGUGCCUGGAACCUCCAGGCCAAUUAGUGGCAGGCCGCAGCCCCAUGAGCUUCCAGAAAGGACCAUGUCUGUCAGUGACUUCAACUACCAGCACAGCAGCCCCAGCAAGAGGCCCAACACCAGAGUGAAGUCUGAGCACUCGCUCCUGGACGGGCCAGGACAGGUGCCGGGAGGAGUGGGAGCAGGAAGGGUGCCAGCAGACUGGAGAGACCAGGUGAUGCGACACAUCGAGGCCAAGAAAAUGGAAAAGAAUGCGCUGUCUCGCUCCUAUAAUUCCAAUACCGCUCCGCUGAGCUGGUCUCACUACGGCAGCUGUAGGGAUAUGCAUGCCAGCCAAGGGUCCCUGGUCUUUAGUGCCAGGGAGGGACAGCCCUACGGAGCUCUGGGCUUCUGUGAUGAUGUUUUUGCUCCCCAAGGGCCACAAAGCUACACAGUGGACCCCCACAGAAAAGUGCCUUUGAUGAACGGUCAGAUGGGCCCCUCAGUUCGUCCUCAGAUGAGCCAGGCAUCCAUGGCCCGUCACCCGUCCAGAGAGCAGCUCAUUGAUUACCUGAUGCUCAAAGUCUCCCAGCAGCCCCCGGGGCCUCCACGUAUUCCACACGACACUCUGCAGCAGGAGAUCCGUGUGAAAGUGGAGAAGAAUCCAGAGCUGGGUUUCAGUAUAUCAGGAGGAGUGGGAGGCCGGGGAAACCCGUUUCGUCCUGAUGACAAUGGUAUAUUUGUGACAAGGGUUCAACCUGAAGGACCAGCAUCCAAGAUCCUUCAGCCUGGGGAUAAAAUUAUCCAGGCAAACGGAUACAGCUUUGUGAAUAUUGAUCAUGGGAAUGCAGUGUCCCUCCUGAAGACGUUUCCAAACACUGUGGAUAUGACUAUCAUAAGAGAAAUGCAAGCAUAGACUCAACUGAAACCGACCUCCAAGCGGGGGUGGAGGGGCACAUGAGAGACAAACAGAGAAAUUUAUGUUGACUGUCAUAUUUUUAUACACAGAGAGACUGAUCUGUUCAUACCUGUUGGGACUAUUUAUAGUAAGAGAUCUGCAGAGGUCUUCAUAGCCUUGAUUAAACGGGGAAAACCACUGAAUGUAGUGGAUCGAAGUGAGACAGCAGCAAACAUCUACAAGUACGUGUCCUCAAAAGGCCAUCACUGUGGUAUAUAUAUAUUUUUAUACAAAAGAAGCUGAAGAUAUGACGUGCUUUGAUGCAAAUAACUUACUGUGGUCUCUGUACAGAUCAUCCUUUUUUUUUUUUUUUUAACUCCAAAACUCCAUCAACUCAUCAAUCAUGAAUUAGGUUUAAUUUGCGCAGAUGGACAUGAAUCUGACCACUAGAGGACAGGGGUCCCUGUCUGUCAUCCAGUUUGCCUUUCUUUUCUUUUUUUGUUUUUUUCUUGGACUUGAAAAGGGUUUUUCAGUCAGCCGUGCGAUCUUAUCUGGAGGACUGUGUUACGUGCUUGUCAUGUGGAGACGAAAGUAGAUCAUGGAAGCGUUUGGAUUUUGUUUAACGGAGAGGAUUUUUUUUUCCCCCUCCUCUCCUCCGGCAAGAUGAAAGAGUCGAGAAGAAGAAGACGAAGUCGUCCGCCCCUGCUUCCACAAACCUGCCAACAUCCUCCAGCUUACAAACUGUCCUGUCUUUAGGUCAUCCUCGAUGUCGACAUAUCACGUAACCACGCCCGUGCGCACCUUUUGCAAUACAAAUGGAUCACAGUCUCUUGGAAGAAAUGCGCUCUGCAUGUGGUCACAUAAGGAGACAGGAAAACGGAGUGGAAAAUCACAUUUUGGGGGAAUAUGAAAUGUAGUGUGGGUUUGCUCGGCCUUAAUUCUGUUUUGCCAGUUUUUACACUUUUUUUUUGUUUCAAGUCUAAAGUAAAUAUUUUGGGAAAUGUACAUAUUUGCUUUAAGGCAGAGUUUAAUCGAAGGGCUGGAGCUGGAGGGAGACGAGCUGUGUCCUCCCGGUGUCAGACUUUGGGCUAAACUAAGCUAUCAGAUAUGCGUUUUUCCCAAAAUGUCACAGCUAUUGUAAACAGAGAUUGACGUGGAGGUUAUGCUAGUUAACCAAAGCAAGUUCAGUAAUUGUGAAUAGAAAGUAAAAGCAGGAGACACCUUGAGAAGGAUGCUGGGAUAAGGUUGAUGUUUCACUCGUGUUUUUAUUUUCAAGGGCUUCUUCUUGUGGCAGUUUUUUUUUUGUUUUGUUUUACACACAUGGGAGAAGACCACAGGUUGCCUUUUAUGUCUAUGAAAAUGUUUUAUCAUGCUUUGUACUCAUCACUUUGGAGCAAUCCUUUUUUUUGUUUGUUUCUUUGCUGUACAGAGAACAAAGUUGGGAGAAGCAAGUUGUCAAGUGCCAUAGACCUUGAACUGUUUGAACAGGGGAGGACCUUUGACCCCAGAAUCCAAGCAAUACUCACAUAUUCACAACCUUCUGAGUACAUUUGCAGCAUAAUGGCUUCAAAGCAAUAUUCAAAGCCUUUAUUUUGAUUCACAAAAUAUCAUUUUUUUUGAAGCAAAACACAAACCUUUUAGUAAUCCCUGAUGAUUUUACAUGAUUUUUAUAUUGUGAAAAGAGUCUCUCUCUCUUUUUUUUUUUUUUGUUUUGUAACGAAACAGCACAGGAAAUAUACACGGUAGUGCUAAAAACAAAAAAAAGAUAUCUCUGCAUUGUGUAAAAGUUUGUCACUUUGCCUGAGACUUUUUACUGUCUGUUGUGUAGAAUACAGUAUCUCCUGAUGUUCACAUGUGCGAAAUAAUCCACUGUUGAGAAAAAAAAAACUAGUCAAAGCUGCAUCUCAAAACAUUUGAACUGUUCAUCAAAGAACUGUGUCAGAAGGAAAACUGUUUUUUUUUAAGGUGGUGUCAUCAAAUUUUAACUCCUCAGCCUGUUAAUAUUCAUUCAAUGGUACAGUGAUUAAUUAUUCAGUGAGACGUGUUUCCAGAAGAAGCGGAAAUGAUAAAACUCACGCGCUAAGUAACGGCCCCCUAAUUUCCAGCAUUAUAUUUGUGACCACUGAAUUGUUUGUACAAUAUAUGAUAGCGUUUUAAUCCUACAGUGUUUUAACAAAUAGCAUUCCCUCGACUUGUUGACAGUAGAUUGUGUCGUCUGCUGUACUCUUCUUGUAUGUAACGAGUUGGAUCUGUAUUUUAUGCUCGUGGCACUGGCAAACCAAAAUGAUAACACUGUGGAAAUUGACUAAAUUUUUAUCCCUUUAAUAAUAAUAAUAUUAAUAAUAAUAAUAAAUAAUGAUAAUAGUUGUACUGUUUAAAGGUAGCUGUUCUAAAUCAAGCUGUACCAUUAGUUUUUAAACUCAUUCUAAUGUUUUAUUUACAGGCAAAUGACAACAUAAUAAUGUGCAUUUCCCAAAUUUUUCACACAGCAUAUUGUAUUUUACACAGAUGAAAUUGUUGAUUGUAUUUGUUUUAAUUUUGUUGGUGAUUUUUUUGUUAACUUUUAAGAUUUAGGGGAAAUGAUUUCUGGGGUAAUGGUCACUUUAUAUUCAUGGCAAAUUGAAAAAAAAAAACAAAAAAAAGAAAAAAAAAGUCGGACAUUGUAGACAAUCUAGGGAGAUAAAACAUGGUUUCACACUUUCUUCAUCCACGUUGGUUUGUUUCUUAAGCUCCCAUAUUGUUCUUAUUUAUUUAGCAGUCUUCUGUGAAAUUUUAGACCUUACUAAUCAAACUGUAAAUACUCCAAAAAGUUUGAGAAAAGAGUUAAUAAUGGCAUUAGUGACUUGCGAUUGUAAAACCAGCAAUAAAUUGCAAUGCAGAGGCACCCAUUUUAAUGUAUAGCUAGUAUUUCUAAGGUUUCUCUGGAAACAGUCACAGUGAGAUGAUGAUUGAUAUGCAUUUAUCCAACAUUCCAGAUUUUGUACAUAAUUACCUGUUUCUGAAGUAACCUGUGGAAAAUAAACUAAUGCUGUUUAACACUGA